GGAAUUUCUAAAAUACAUGAAGACAAACCUUUGUAGACAGAAAGAACAUUAUUUUUAAAAGAGCGUAUCACCUCAAAGUGUUACAGAGUAUUUGCUAACAUAUUUCCAUCGGAGCUCACAAUGAACGAAGAAUACCAAGAGCACCAUGAAUCAAAUAAUGGUAAGGAUGACGCAAGUCGGAGCGCAGCUCAGGUUGUCAUUCGGCGUGGAACUGGGGAAACCAGGUGUUGUCUUGUUGAAGAAGGAACUGACCCUAGAGAAUCAAGGACACCAUUUUUCGAGAGUGUUAUACAUAUGAUUCAGAUGUUGGUUAAUUUGUUUGGAAGACGUGGUGAACUAGAGUUUGGGUUAUAUAAACAUGAUAAAGACACUGACAAUGGUUGUCUUCAGGUUGAUUGGAAGCCAUGGAUAGAGUUUGGGAAUAAAGAGAAGAUUUUCACUGCUAUCUUAGACAAAAAAGAUUCUUGUCUUAAAAAAUGCAUCCUUACACUUCCAGAAUGGAUAUCUUAUAUAUGGAAAGGAAAACUGAAUUUUCGACGCAAAUAUGAUGUCGCCUCGGGUGGAAUUGGAAAAGUUCAAUGUGACGAUAUAACUAAUGGCAUAUGCUCUUUGACUUUAGCUAGAAAAACGAUUCCGAAAAAGAAAUGGAGAAAUGAGGAAAUACAAGCCCUGAUGAGGUUGCAAACUAAAGGUUUUGUUCCCAUGGUGUAUGGAGUACUAGCGCACGAUGACAACUUAGCACUGUUAUUGGAAAUGAUAGAUGGUGUUGUGUUGAGCUCCUACAGAGGAAAUUUGUAUGAAAAAAUACAAUUGUUCCACUCUUUGGUUGCAAAAGUAUACCAGUUGCACAAAGAAGACAUAUUCCAUCAAGAUUUGAAAUUGUCAAAUGUUAUGCUACGAGAUCCCAAUGAUCCCUCAUCUGUCGUCAUAAUAGACUUCGGUUCAACAAUCAUGGAAAAAUCAGACAAAAAUCAUUUACGACCAAUUACUGCAAAUCUCUGUCCUCCAGUUCUGGAACAGAGGAUGCUAAACAGAUAUUUACCUUAUAAGUUUGAUGAGCAAGUAAAGGGUCUUCUUGUUGCUUGGGACAGCUGGCAGCUUGGUAUGAUACUUUUCAAUUUACUGACCAGAAAGAAACUAGACAUCAAUAUCAAAGUCACUCAGGACAAUCUGAACUCUACAAGAGAGAAAAUUAAACAAUAUAUUAAUCGCCAGUUGUUGGACAAAGUUGAUAAAAUACCACCGUACAUACUCCCAAUAUUGAUAGGUCUUCUUGACGUGGACUAUAGGAAGAGACUAACACCAGAAGUAGUACUAAAUGAAUUGAACAAGGAUGUUUCUUUGUCAGAGCGUUAUAUGAAUGGUGGCGCAGUGUCAAUUUAGACCGCAAUAUUGAAAAAAAUACAAUUGCAUGCAUUUUUUUUGUCAAAGAAGACAGAUUUAAAAACAAUAUCAAAUAUAUUUUUAUACAGAUAAAUGCUCUGUUAAAUGUAUCCAUUUAUGUACAUAGUAAUAUAUAAUUAUAAACCUACCGACGUUGUACCUAGAAAAAAUCCACUAUUUUCUUUUUUAAAACCUACCAUUCCCGACAAUAUAUUGAGUCAAGGUUUGCAUAAUAGUAUAUGUCCAAAUCUUUUUUAAUUAUCAGAAAUCGACUAGGUUAUUUGUCUUAAGGAACUUAUAAAUCACAUGGCAUUUUCAGAACACAGAAAAAAAAUUAAUUAAAAUUGCCUCUUUAACGUAUAUAAUUUUUCAAAAGAAUAGUGUAGAUUUAUUUAGUUUUCGUCUUUAAAACAAGAUAUGUAGGUGCAAUGCUUUUGUGUAAGUUAUUUUAAUGUAUAUUCUUUUCAGUCAUUUAGAUUUCAAAGUAAUAGAGUUCUGACUGCUGAAAAAGUUCAACCAAACUGUAAUGUACACAUCCAAGGGGGUUGAAGUCAUAACACUUUGCUCAGUGCUCGGAGCACAAAAAUCAUGCUCGAAACAUGAAAUCCAGUGUUUUAAUUGGUUGGUUCUUGAGUACAAAAAUCGUGCUCGAAAGUUUUAUGACCGCAAGGCCAGGUCAGGAAUCUUAAGAUUUGUUGCAUCUUACAUUUUUUCUAGAACGUUUAUGGUUUUGACAGAAAUUUUGUUGAUUAUCAUGAAGUUUUUUCUGACGAUUUACUUUAAACUCUCUAGAACGUUAAUCAACCUAAGUUAGGUUAAAGACAAGGUUUGGCUUUCGUAUUUGUCCUUUAUGUGAUGUAAAGAAAAGAUUUAAGUGUGACUGAAACGCUUUUAUGGAUUACCAAGAGAACUCAAACCUUAAUAUUUGAAAGCCAGGGAUGAAUUCGCCUUUUUAGAAUCUAGAGGACUAUGGUUAAUCUUAUUAUUCGUACACCAAAAUUCAAAUAACGUCACGUCAUUGGUUAAAUUUCUAUUGUUUAUGCUAGUAUAUAGUCUAUUUUCUUUAAAUGUUAACACAUUUAAUCAUACUAAACCUGACGUAUAAUAACCCUAGGCAGUUCUGUGACGCAUUUUUUAUAAUUCAUUCAUGCUUGUACAGCAAUAUGGGGUUUGAAUUCGAUACUCUCCUCAUAGUUGUAGCUGCUAGACCCGAAAAGACAUAAUCAUGAUAAUAGUAGGAUUUUCCCAUAACAAUCCUUAAAUUUACCUUAAGCUUAAACUAGAUAAACUUAUGAAAAUGUAUUACCGUAAACCAAAUUAUUUUUCGCGGAUACUUAAUUUCGCGUUUUGUACUUUCUAGUCCACUUUGCGGCUAAUUAUUUUUGCGAUUUUCUAAUUUAAUUGAUGUAAUUAAAUUAGAAAAGAUACAAGUCUUAAAUAUUCGCGACGAUUUAUUUUCGCGUUAUUUAUCUUUACGCGAAAAUCGCGAGAAAAAAAAUCGCUCGCGAAAAUUAGUUGGUAUACAGUAUUCAAGCUUUGAAUUCGACGUUUGUUAACACAGUUAUUUCUGCUAGAUCACAGGUAUUGACAAGUUAACCAGUUAUGUUAGUUUUGGUUGUUGACCCAAUCUUGUCAAUAUGACGGAACUAAACACAACUAUCCUGUAUGUGAAAGUCUUUUCUAGCAUUCAAUCAGGUGAAACCCUACUUAGUUUCUUCGAAAAAAAAUCAUGUAAAUAAGGAAUAUGACAUUUGUUUUUCUUUUAUUAUGUAGAUUGACGUGUUCGACAAUAUGAUUCUGACACGUUUGCUGGACGUAUUUUUUAAAUACUUCUUUGAAAAUUAGUUGUUUGGAGAA